AUGUUCCCUGGACUGACUUGGUCACUUCCCUCAAACGCUGUGGGAGACGCAAAGCAACAGCAUUGGGCAGUCCUCGGGCCAUCCAAUGCCGGAAAGACAACGUUCUUCAAUAUUAUCCGGGGGCAGCAUUUGUGCAUCCCUCCAACAGCCCGGUCUUACCCGUACCUGUCGACAGAAGAAGUGGAAAUAGAAGAUUCUCGGUAUAGAAACGUUCCACGUGCAAUACAAUAUGUCGGUUUCAACGGCGAGAGGGGCGGUGUGGGGAAUUCUGGGACAAGAGGCGCCUACUUGAGUGCUAGAUAUGAGAGCCGAAGGGAAGCCACCGACUUUUCUGUGAUGGACUUUCUUAGAGGCAACACGGAUCUCAACCCGUCAGAAGAGCAGGAAGGGAAAGACAUAAAUGAUCAUAGCCUUGAAAAAGUCAUAAGCGACUUAAAACUUGAGGCUCUAGUCAAUAUGCCAAUCGGGAACCUCAGCAACGGUCAGACAAGACGGACUAGAAUUGCCAGGGCUUUACUUGGAAAACCAAUGGUUCUGCUCUUGGACGAACCAUUCAUGGGUCUAGAUCCACCAACCAUGACAACAUUAUCAACCUUGUUACACAGACUUGCCCGGGCCAGCUCACCACGACUAAUAUUGGCUUUAAGGCCACAAGAUCCACUACCAGAUUGGAUAACUCAUGUCAUCCAUUUGGGCCCUAACUUCCAAAUCAUCUACCAAGGUAGAAAGGAUCUUGUGGGUCUUGGGACUACACAAGCAAAAGCAGUCAUGAAGAGGUUGAUUGGGAAUGCCUCUUUAGCGCGAGUUGAUGUUCCGGGAAAUGUGAUUCCACAGAGAGGGCUCACAAAGGCUUAUCAAAACGAGCGUAUUCGAAACCUGCCACGAGCGAACUCCUCAUCUCAUCCAUCGAAGCCAAUUGAAAGUCGCGAAGGCAUUCCAUUGGUUGAUGCAGAUAUCCACGUUUCAGUCAAUGAAGCUCUUGUGGAAAUGCAAGGUGUCCGUGUGAGGUAUGGCGACAAAGAAGUUUUGGGCAGCUGGCAACAGGAGAUUGGAGAUCGAACAGAAAAGGGGCUGUCGUGGACCGUCAGACGUGGAGAACGCUGGGGUGUCUUUGGUCCAAAUGGAUCCGGGAAGACCACACUUGUCUCUUUGAUUUGCUCUGAUCACCCUCAAGCUUAUUCUUUACCAAUCAAGGUCUUUGGACGAGGUCGUCUGCCACAACCAGGAUUGCCUGGCAUAUCCAUUUUUGACAUCCAAUCCCGCAUAGGCCAGUCUUCUCCAGAGAUCCACGCCUUCUUUCCUCGCAAUCUUUCCAUACGCCAGACACUGGAAAAUGCCUGGGCAGACACUUUCCUUGGGACACCACGCUUAAACUACGAGAUCGACGUCGCCGUGGACACAUGUUUGCGGUGGUUUGAAGCCGAAUUGAAUCCCGCCUUCACUCCUCUAACCACUAGUUUCGUGACCAGAUUAUGGAAGUCAGAUAAGGGUUUCCCAAAUAGCAUAGACUGGGCAGACAAUAUUCGCUUUGGCGAUGCUCCGUUUUCUGCGCAACGAGUAGCGCUCUUCUUACGUGCCAUCAUCAAGAAGCCAGAUCUUGUCGUUCUAGAUGAGGCAUUCAGCGGCAUGGACGAUCAUGUGCGUGAUAAGUGCAUGCUCUUUCUGACAUGGGGCGAGACCAAAUCGUUCGGGGCUCGUGUUAACAGGAGAGCAUAUGUCGAGAAACGAUUCGUGUAUGAUACCCCGCCGCAGCUGCUGAGUGAGAUAAUGUUUGAGGGACUGAUCAAGGAUCAGGCAUUGAUAUGCGUUAGUCAUAUCAAAGAGGAGGUUCCAGGUGUGGUGAGACAAUGGAUGAGCCUGCCUGAGGCUGGCACAGGAAAUGCAGCCAGGUUUGGAAGGUUCCCAGGACCGCUAGAAGGAUAUCAGAGUGGCUGGGACGAGGUUUGGGGAGUAUAG